UCUCCAUGUUUGUUCUCACAAACACUUCUUUUCUCUGCUGCUACGUUCAAGGACGAGUGUGAGUGAUUUGUGCUGGGACUGUGGCUGUGAGGAGAGUUUGCAUGUGACUGUCAUUAGAAACAUGUUGAAGCAUGUGGUCAAAUCAGAAUCACAAUCUUUAUAAUCUUUAUAAUCUCCUGCGGGGAAAUUGGUUGCAUUACAUUGGCUCCUUUAGAAUUAGCAAAAGACUCAGGAAAGAAAAUAAGGAAUAUGAUGAUGAAAACACAAUAUUAGAAGUAGAUAAUGUGUGUGUGUAAUAAAAUGAGUGCUAAGUGAUUUGAUCGUUAAGUUCCAUGGCAGUAAUGUGUGAAUGUAAAGUACGUACAGAAAAACAAGAGUUCUGCAUUUUUGGUCAGUUUGAUGCUGCAGAUAUUGCAUCAUGUACGUGUUCUUACUUCAUGCUGAUAUGGUGUAAUACUUUAUGUCUAAUACUUCUUUUUUUACCACACACAUUGCCAGAAAUAAAAGUAGACAGAAAGCACAUCUAUUUAAUAUUCUAUUGUUCUAAAUAGAAACCAUUCAUGAGUUUUUAAUUUCCAGUUUGAUUUACCAACACAAGCUUUGAAAAGUAACUCAAAUUUGAAGUUAAAAAAAUUGUUGUUUCACAUACAAAAUAUGGCACAUUGUUCAACAUUUAUACAUUUCGGUGUAUUUUAAUUCUGAAAAAAAAAACAUAAUCUUUUUUAAACUUUUCAAUAUAUACUUCCUGUUGUUCACAAAAUAGUUUUUUCUUCCAACUAAAACAUUGGUGCUGAUUUUUAUUUAAAUUGUUAUAGUGAAACAUGGAAUCUAUAGAAUAUUUGGAUUAUGCAUUUUAAUCUAACCAAUACCAAUAUUAAGUCAUCCCUAAUAAUGACCACCAAGCAGCAAAUGAAAGACAAACAAAAUGACAAGGUGCUUAAACAGGUGUUCAAAGCACAACGUGGGAAUAACAAUGGCAUAAUAGAUACAUAGAGAGCAGAAUGUUGAGCGUGUGUGAUAUAUGAAGAAAAACACACUGUUUAACGAGACACUUUCCCCUUGCUCUUGUUCUUGUGGCAGUAAAAUGUCCUAGAACAAAUGAUGGCGUCAGUUACAGAGCUGCUCCUGGAAAUGCUGGAAGAUCUUGUAGAUGAAGAGCUUAAAAUGUUCAAGUGGUUCCUGCAGCAGGAUAAAAUCCUGGAGGGCCUUUCGGCCAUUCCAAAGAGCCACCUACAGACGGCAGACAGGAUGGACACUGUGGACCUCAUAGUGCAAACAUACAGUCAACAGUCUGUGGAGGCAACCAGGCAAGUGUUGAUGAAGAUGGACAGGAAUGAUCUGGUGCAGAGGUUGGCCAACGUCGGCUCAGGACCCAGACAGAUUUCAGAAAGCAGCACCGCAUCCAGACAACAUGACGUAUCCCUUCCACUUCCUCCCAACAUUAGUCAGACUGAAGAUGUCCUGCAGCCAGAGCGUAAACCCCCCAAACCCAUUGUGUCAUACCAGCACAUGCUCCAAUCCCACCUUCAAAACAGAUUUAUGUGUGCACAGGAAGGAUGGACACAAAGGAUGGAUAAAAAACCGCUGGACGACGUCUACAUAGACCUGUGCGUCACAUAUGGGAGCGUUGUGAACAUCAACACCCAGCAUGAGGUGCGGCAAAUUGAGAUGGCAUUAAGAGAACCCGAGCAAACAGAGGAACCGGUCCAAAUCAGUGAUAUCUUCAAACACCCAUCUGGAAAAAACACACCUGUAAGAACAGUGUUGACCAACGGAAUAGCAGGAAUUGGCAAAACAUUCCUUGUAUAUAAGUUCAUUCUGGACUGGGCGGAGGGAAGAUCAAAUCAAGAUGUGCACCUCAUAUUCCCCUUCACCUUCCGCCAGCUGAAUUUAUUGAAGGGGGAGAGGUUUUGCUUUGCUGAACUUAUUCAUGAGUGCAUCAGGGAAACCAAGGACAUUACGGAGGAAGACCUGAAUGGAAUCUUCACAACGCUGCAGGCUUCAGGAAACACCAACUACAACAAGAGUAAAUUCAAACUACUGUUCGUACUUGAUGGUUUGGAUGAAAGUCACCUGCAGCUGGACUUCACGACUGACAAAAAUCCCUCUAUCGACGUGACACAGGCGGUCAGCGUAGAAGUUCUACUGACAGGCCUCAUCAAGGGUGAACUGCUUCCUUCUGCUCGCAUUUGGAUUACCUCACGACCAGCAGCAGCCAGUCAGAUCCCUCUUGACUUUGUUGACAUCAUGACAGAGGUGAGAGGAUUCAGUGAUCCGCAGAAGGAGGAGUACUUCAACAAGAGAUUCCACAAUGACGAGCUUGGUGGAAGAAUCGUCUCCCACAUCAAAGCGUCACGGAGCCUCCACAUAAUGUGCCACAUCCCAGUCUUCUGCUGGAUCACUGCUACAGUUCUGGGGGAAAUGUUGAAAACCAGUGUUAGAGAGCUGCCCAAGACCCUGACUGAGUUGUAUGUGGUGUUCUUAGUGUUUCAGAUAAGACAGACAAAGGAGAAGUACGGCACGGAGGAGAGCGUCCAGUACAUCCAGUCGCUCUCAAAACUGGCUUUCCGACAGAUGGAAAAGGGGAACCUCAUCUUUUAUGAAAAAGAUCUCAAAGAGAGUGACCUUGAUUUUGACAAAGCCUCGGUGUACUCAGGAGUGUUCACGCAGAUCUUUAAAAGAGAACACCGGUGGAGGAAGGACAGGGAUGAGGACAAGAUGUUCAGCUUUGUCCAUCUGAGUAUUCAGGAGUUUUUGGCCGCGGUCUACGUGGUGCAGUCAUAUAUCAAUAGAAACAAAAAUGUAAUGUUGCAACUACUCAAGGUCCAGAGCAUGCAGAGGAUUUUCAGCAAACCGUCAAUAGCUUCGAUCCAAAGAAUGGCAGUGGACAAGGCCUUGGACAGUCCAGAUGGACACCUGGACUUAUUCCUGCGCUUCCUUCUGGGUCUCUUCAUGGAGGCAAAUCAAAAACGUCUUCAAGCGCUGUUCAAACAGACAAUUAUCACGUCAGCAGCCAAUCAAGAAACAGUGCAAUACAUUAAGGAAAAGAUCCGGGAGAAUCCAUCUGCAGAGAGAUGCAUCAACCUGUUUCACUGUCUGAAUGAGCUGAAUGACCACUCUUUAGUGGAGGAGGUCCAACAGUAUCUGAGUUCAGGAAGUCUGUCCAGUAAAAAUCUGUCUCCUGCUCAGUGGUCAGCUUUGGUCUUCAUCCUGCUGUCAUCAGAGAAAGACAUAGACGUGUUUGACCUCAGGAAGUACACAGCUACAGAGGGAGGUCUCCUCAAGCUGCUUCCUGUGGUCGGGAACUCGACUGUUUUCUUUCUGAGUGGCUGUAACCUGUCAGAGAAGAGCUGUGAAGCUCUGGCUUCAGUUCUCAGCUCCCAGUCCUCUCGUCUGAGAGAGCUGGACCUCAGUAACAACGACCUGCAGGACUCAGGAGUGAAGCUGAUCUCAGUGGGACUGGAGAGUCCUCACUGUAGACUGGAAACCCUCAGGCUGAGUGGCUGUAAACUGUCGUGGAGAAGCGUUGAGGCCCUGUCCUCAGCCCUCAGCUCACCGUCCACCCGUGUGAGGAACCUGGACUUCAGCAACAAUGACCUGCAGGACGCAGGAGUGGAGCUGCUGUCUGCUGCGCUGACGAGCCACUGCUGUCAACUGGAAAUGCUCAGGUUGGAUGUCUGUAACCUGUCAGAGAGGAGCUGUGAAGACCUGGCUUCAGUUCUCAGCUCCCACUCCUCUGGUCUGAGGGAGCUGGACCUGAGUAACAAUGACCUGCAGGACUCAGGAGUGAAGCUGAUCUCAGUGGGAUUGAAGAGUCCUCACUGUGGACUGGAACGUCUCAGGUUAUCAGGUUGCCUAGUGACAGAAGAAGGCUGUGCUUCUCUGGCCUUCGCUCUCAGCUCCAACCCUUCCCAUCUGAAAGAUCUGGACCUGAGCUACAAUCACCCAGGAGCCUCAGGAGUGACACUGCUCUCUGCUGGACUCACGGACCCACAGUGGAGACUGAACACUCUCCGAGUGGAUCCCAGCGGCAUCCGCUGGUUGAAACCUGGUCUGAAGAAGUAUGCAUGUGAAAUCACCUUGGACCCAAACACAGCAAACGAAUACCUCUCUCUGUCUGAGGACAACAAGACGGUGACACUGGUGAGGGAGAGGCAGCCGUAUCCCGAGCACCCACAGAGAUUCCAUCACUGGAAACAGCUGCUGUGCACCAACAGUCUGACUGACCGCUGUUACUGGGAGGUAGAGAGGAAAGGGUGGGUGUCCGUGGGAGUGGCUUACAGAGGAAUCAGUAGAAGAGGCGCUGACUGCUGCCUUGGGCUUAAUGAGAGUUCUUGGAGCAUGUUCUGCUCUCCAAAACACAACUACUCUGCCUUCACUGGUGGAAGAAUGCAAGGGUGUGUGCGCACCCCCGUCCCGAUAUCUGACAGAGUGUCAGUGUAUGUGGACUGGCCUGCCGGGACCGUGUCCUUCUACAGACUGUCCUCUGACAAAUGGAUCCAUCUCCACACCUUUCACAGCACAUUCACUGAACCUCUCUGCCCUGCAUUUGGUUUUGAGCAUCUGAUCAGGUUUGACUCCACAGUGUCUCUGUGUCAGAUGAAGGAAGGAGAGUCGCCUACAACAGACCAACACUGCUCCUCCAGCCAAGUUCACGCAACAAGACUUUCAGAGUCGUAGGAUUGUUGUGUAUUUCACACUAGGUCUUAGGUCCUGUUUCCAUCUUGUGACACGGUUUGGUUCACUUCAAAACGGCACAUCUUUUUUUGCGUUUCCAUUAGGAAUAGUACCAAAAUAACCAGCCCAAUAGUUCUAUCCUUUGGUAGCCUUCAGAGUAAAAUGGUAUGGUGCAGUCAGGCUGGCUCCACCCACGACAGUCAGC